GGAAUGGAAAGAGAGUUGAAACAUGGAAACCAUUCAAUAGGCCCAGUGUGUAUGAGCAGACCAUAGGGGCCCAGUGAAUUCCCCACAGAGCAUUCCAUCAUCAGACCCUGAGAGAAAGUCACAGUUAACUUGUUUUCUUUUUUUGGAAAGGAAGAGGAGUGCCUCUACAUGUGACAUCACAAGAAACUUGAAACCGUCAUUUUCAACAGCCCUCCCUCAUCACUGCCUGCUCCCACAUUUGCUCCCCUCUCCCCAACCUCUCCCUGAGACAGUCUGUGCUUCUCUGUGGGACUCCAAAAACGGGCCAGUGUUACUCUCCUCUCAGCCCAAACUACACCUUUGAUCCCAGGACUUCAGCACACAGAUCCCCCCUGCUCUGCUUCAGAGAGUCAGCUGGACCUACUGCUGCCAGAGAUUUCAACUUCAAUACCCUUUUCUUUGGAAAAAAAAAUCAUCUGAUGGAAUAAGUCAGUUUAUGUGCCUGUCCUAAGUAUGGAACUGCAGAAGCUAUCAAAUGGUAAUCACCACCAUGACGUGGCUGUGCCUGUGGAGGGAGGAGUUCCGCCAGAGGAAGAAAAAUUCCUUCAACACAGGAGUGAUGGAUCUAAGAGACCUCAGUUCAUAGAUUUUGAGGGUAAAACCUCCUUUGGGAUGUCUGUUUUCAACCUGAGCAAUGCCAUCAUGGGCAGCGGCAUUCUGGGUCUGUCGUACGCCAUGUCCAACACCGGCAUCAUCCUUUUCCUAAACUCAAGCCAGUCCCGCCUGCGCUCAGGAGCCGGAGGCGGCGGAGGAGCCGGGGGAUUUAGAGGAACGCGAGCAGCCGGGGCCAUCCAGACUCCGUUUGGUGCGUCAUGGGGGGCCGAGGGUGCUGACAGAUGCAGUGCUUCAAAAUCAACAAGACACAACCAAGUCCAUAAAUGAAAUGAAGGAUCAACUUACCAACAUUGCAAAUAUCUUACUGCAAAUGAACGAGUCACUGAAACAGAUUGCUGCAUGUCUGUUGCAAAUGCAAAAUAAAAUGAAAUAAUUGA